AUGGCAACCAUCAACGAAAUUAAACAAGAAUUAAAAGAUGCAAGAGGAGAACAUAAAGAGGCGAAGGAGAAUUUAAAGAGGUGGAAGGAGGACUGGGAGGAGAGGCUGAAGAAUUUGAAGAGGAAGAAAGUAGAAGAAGAUUACAAAGGAGAAAAAGAUGAAUUAGAUGGCGAAAAGGAGUGGCUGGUAAAGAAUAAAGAGAAGUGGGAAGAACAGGUGAUGAAGUUGCAAAAUAAAUUAGCCGAUUUUAAAAAAGAGAAAGUUAAUUUGUCAACAAGAAAGCUAACCUCUGCUAAAAUCAAAGACAUACUUGACAAAUACGUUAAUAAUGGUAAAAACUCUCGCAGAUCACUCUCCAACUCUGAAAAUAUCCCUAAUGACACAGUAGAUAUAUCAACAUAUUUGAAAUUUGUGAGUCGUGAAAAUGCAAUAAUGCAGCUAAUGAAAAAUAUGGACAAAUUACAUCAGCUUGUGACAAAUCCAGGAGAAUAUGCAGAACCUUUGAAAAAUUUAUAUUUUGCUGCUGCUGUAGGAACAGCUGGGAAAGGCAAAACAACGUUUGCUCGACGUGCUAAUGAAAAUGAAGAUAAAUAUCAUGGAGUAGUGAGACCUGAAAUUGCAGUUGCAGUAAAAAAUUAUGAGUUUAAAGAGGAACCCGAGGUUGUAUUUGGAUUAAGAUUACUUUAUGAGGCAAUGAAAUAUAAGCUUAAAAAAACUGAAAUUUCAACUUAUGAGAAUUUUCGUGAAAAAUUUAAGGGACAUUUUAUUGCCCUUAACGAAAUUCUUGAU